GUGAAAGCUGUGGUGGCAGUUGUUAUGGAGAGCGCUUCAAACACAUUGUGACUCAAAAGUCAAAAAAGUCGGUAAUAGGUCGGGGAAAGACUCUUCAUGUCGAUUCUUCCGGCAGCUAAUUCUCGAUUGUUCUCUUCUCUUCAACCCCCUUUUUUACCAGUUUGGUUAUUCUGCGGGCCUCGACGUCCUCGACUUCUUCUUCCCCACCCCGCGAACCCCUCCAAUCCCGUUUUUGCAACCUCACACGGCCGGGCCGUUCCCCAGACCAUCUUCUCCCCGCAGACUCGCGCCAUCUCGACGUCCAGAUCCCCCGCCCCCAUGGAGCAGCUCGCGCAAAAGGUCGGAGGCAUGAGCCUCGACGCCAUCACCGAGAAGUACCCCAACUGCCAUCCCGAGAUCAAUCCGUUCGAUUUUUACCGCGCCCACCUCGCCAACGUUCUCUCUGGGAUCACGGGGGUCGAGCCCAAGAUUAUCUACCCUGCGCUGUCAUGGACCUCGGGCCUGGACAAGGGCGAUCUCAUGCUGGCCGCCCCGGCGCUCCGCAUCAAGGGCCAGAAACCUGACGAGCUGGCGCAGCAGUGGGCUGACAAGUUCCCCGAAGACGACCCCCUCUUCCAGAAGCCGACCGUGGUCAACUACUUCCUGGCCUUCUACCUCAAGCCCCAGCCGGUAGUCCAGACCGUCAUCCCCCUGAUCCAGAAGCAGCGGGCCGAGUACGGUCGCAACAAAUACCACGGCCUUAGGGACCCCAAGGACCCGAGCAAGGGGAAGAAGCGCAUGAUCGUCGAGUUUAGUUCCCCGAAUAUUGCGAAGCCGUUCCACGCCGGCCACCUGCGUAGCACCAUCAUUGGCGGUUUCUUGGCGAAUCUCUACGAGGGUGCAGGUUGGGAUGUCAUCAGGAUAAACUACCUCGGCGACUGGGGCAAGCAGUACGGUCUCCUGGCCCUGGCCUUUGAGAAGUACGGCGACGAGGAGGCGCUGAAACAGGACCCCAUCAAUCACCUCUUCCAGCUCUACGUGCGCAUCAACAGCGAAAUGUCGGCCGAGAAGGAGCAGAUCGAGAAGAGGAAGCAGGAAGGCGAGGACGUGACCGAGCUGGAGGCCAACAGCCUGGAUGAGCAGGCCCGCCGCUACUUCAAGAAGAUGACGGACAGGGAUCCUUCGGCUUUGGCCCAGUGGAAGCGCUUCCGCGAUCUCAGCAUCACCCGGUACCAGGAGACGUAUGCCCGCCUCAACAUCAAGUUCGACGAGUAUAGCGGCGAGAGUCAAGUGUCGGAGGAGAUGAUGGAGAGGAUCGGCAAGGAGAUGCAGGAGAAGGGCAUCUGCAAGGAGGACAAGGGCGCCAUGAUCGUCGACUUCCAGGAACUGGUGCCGGGCAAGGAGGGCAAGCGCCUUGAGAAGCCCAUUGUCCGGAAGCGGGACGGUACUGCGCUCUACCUGACGCGCGACAUCAGCGAGCUGCUGGCGCGCUACGAAAAGUACAAGUUCGACCACAUGAUCUACGUAGUCGCAUCGGCACAGGAUCUGCAUCUGAGGCAGCUGUUCAAGAUCAUUGAGCUGCUCGGUCACAAGGACAUUGCUGACAAGUGCCAGCACGUCAACUUUGGUCUGGUCUUGGGCAUGAGCACCCGCAAGGGCACCGUCAAGUUCCUUGACGACAUCCUGCGCGACGUGGCCGACAAGAUGCACGAGACGAUGAAGAAGAACGAGACCAAAUACAGCCAGGUCGAAAACCCGGAUGCCACGGCCGACACGCUCGGUAUCAGCAGUGUCAUGGUGCAAGACAUGUCUGGCAAGAGGAUCAACAACUACACAUUCAACAUGGACGCCAUGACCUCGUUCGAGGGCGACACCGGCCCGUACCUCCAGUAUGCGCACGCUCGCGUGUCCUCCAUCCGCCGCCGUGCCGGCCUCAGCGACGAAGACCUGGCCAACGCCGACCUCUCGCUUCUCACGGAGACUCACGCCGUCAACAUUGUCCGGCUGCUCGCCCUUUGGCCUGACAUCGUCCAGACCACGCUGAGGACGCUGGAGCCGACGACGGUGCUGACCUACCUCUUCAAGAUGACCCACGCCCUCAGCAGCAGUUACGACCACCUUCAGGUCGUUGGCAGUGAGCGAGAGCUGAUGAAAGCGCGCAUGGCGCUCUAUGAUGCGGCCCACACGGUUCUUGGGAACGGCAUGAGGCUGCUCGGGCUGACCCCCGUAGAGAGGAUGUAAAGAGAAAAAAAAUGGAUCCCGCCAGUAGCCGAGCGAGGAAUGCUUCUGCCAGGACCGCACGGUCCUGUCCCUUAGACAGCGCAAUAGAUAAGAAGAGCCUGGCCAGUCCUGUGAAGAAUUUU